UAAUAUUCUGUGAAGCUUGCACGCACAACUCCCGCCAAAAGAUGUUAAUAGAUAAUUUCAUCUUUCAUCUUCAUUAUCGAUGGACUGUUAUACUUCUUUUAGUUUGCAGUUUCGUUAUAACCUGCAAACUUGUUCUUGGAUAUUCCUUUUCCUGUUUAAAAGUCGAUGGUUUAACUCAAGAACAACUGGAAACCUACUGUUAUGAUCAUUACGUCUACACCUGGUCAAACACACAUCCCGAAUUUCGCAAAUACCAAGAUUUUUAUCCUUGGGUUAAUCUACUGUUCCUGGUUCACGCCUUCAACUUCUAUAUCCCACAUUUGUUGUGGAAGUAUUACGAUUCGGAUGACAUCAAGAGAUUGGCAGAUAUAGAGGUAGGCAACAGCAGGAAUGAAAAAAGAAAGAUGAAACUAUGCUAUCUCGCCAGCUAUGUUCUUGCCACUCAAGGUACACAUAAACUGUACACUGGAAUGUACAUCUUCUGUGAAUGCUUGAAUUACGCUAUCUCUUUAGCGCAGAGUUUGUGGCUAGGGUUCUUUUUUAAAGCGACAAUUGUCUUAAAAUUCCUGAAAUGGACCGAUUUCCAGGUGGCUUAUUUCCCCUCUACUGGUAAUUGUUCCAUCACUGUGGAUAAAGUUCACCAUGAAACUUCUUGUUUUCUUCCUUUGAAUAAACUUUACAUGUACAUGUUCUUCUACGUCCAUUCAUGGUACAUAGUCUUGACCAUCUUGUCUGGAACAGUGUUGAUAUAUCGACUUGUGCUACUUGUUCCAUCAAAAAGAGUCGCUAUUAUGAAAUUCACAGCAGCCUGGAUUGAUAAGGAAACUCUCAAAUCUUUAAGCCUCCGUCUGUCUUAUGCUGAUUGGUUCUUCUUGACUCGAUUCCAGAGAGUAUUGUCAGAUGUCGAUUUCGCUCAUCUGGUGGAAAAGAUUGCCUUAUUAUCAAUUUAUAAAUCCUCCGAUGGAAGAGAUGAAUUUAACACAUGUCUUUCAAAUGAUGGAUGCAAGGAAUUGGAAAAUUCUUUAGAUAUCUCACCAGUAGAUGAUGUCAUUUGAAAACAUACUAUCUAAAAAAUCUUCAAUGAAACAAAGAAAGAUUUAGGAAAAAAUUUUCCAGCCUUUGAAAAACAUUAGAUAAAUUGUGCAUAUUGUAGAAAUGAAAUGACAUCUCCUCUGAACGAAAAACUGUACAAUUCAUAUUAUGGUGCCAGCAUUUUAGAAACUUACAUUGCCUUAAAUCUAGAUCAUGAGAAACUGGACAUUAGAAGAUGGGACAUAAGGAUAAAUUAAUGGUGGAAUUACCCUUAAAAGAAUAGUAUAUUUGUGCUUGUAUUUUUAUUAUAUAAAUCUUGCUAAUUUUCUUGCAUUAUUUAU